AUGAUCAUGAAGAGACUUACAAAUACUCAAGUGUUAGGAAGAGCACAUUUACGGCUCAUAGGUCGUUUCUAUUCAUCUAAAUUUUCAAAUGAAUUUAAACCGUCUCCUCCUAAACUUCCCAAAGAAGAACAAGAAGAGUUCGAAGCGUUACAGAAGGUGGCCAGCUCUCAGAUAGCUAUAGAAGAUUAUAAUGAUAGGAUUAGGAAAGCAGGUUCAACAGAAGGGGGGGCAUCUCUGAGUCAGGAACAACCCCAAAUGAAUUCCGAUAUCGGCGGAUUCCAGGUUCUCAAGACCAUUCCAGAAUUUGAAGGUGACGUGAACCCGAAGACUGGUGAAAGAGGUGGCCCAAAGCAGGAUCCCUUAAAGCAUAGCUCAGACUGGUCGUUUAACGGCAGAGUAACUGAUUUUUAA